AUGGGUAUUGAUGAUAUCAAAGGACAAAAGGAUACUGAGCUAUUUUUAUUAUUACCGAUUGUUGGUAAUCGAGUUGUUGGACGCACAAGACUUCACACAAAUUCAACGAUCUGCUUGUGUCCAAGCGGAUAUACUGAUACAACAUCGACAAGUAACAAUACAUUGGAAGCUGAUCCAACGGAUUUGUCAAGCGAUAGUUUAUCGAAUUUUUCUCAGUUUUCAACUCAAAGCAAACAACAAAAAUUCAUGCGUUUUUACUCGACAGCCAAACCUGUCACUGUACCAUUUGCUCAUGAAGGUGGCGCAUUCGUUCCGGACACCAACGAAGUUUGGUUUACUGCCAAUCAACUACCCGUUCAGAAUACCGAUGUGACUAGUGUCAAUCUGAAAACCAAUAAUGUCGAAUUGCUCUCCAUUCAGCCACCAAUUCUUACACCGAAUGGUGUUGCUUAUUUCGACGGAUUGGUUUAUGUUUGUUCGCAAGGCAAUCGGACAACAUCAGGCGCUAUUUAUGCUGUCAAUCCGACAACAUUAGUCAGUCGAUUGGUAGUGAAUUCAUGGUUUGGAUUACGACUCAAUUCGCCAAAUGAUGUAACAUUCACAACGAAAAUUGAUGGGCGACGAUACAUGUGGUUUACCGAUCCACAAGUUGCUUACCUGCAAAAUUUUGGUUCUUCACCUCAACUAGGCAGUUAUGUUUAUCGUUUUGAUAUGAUUACAUCGGAAUUACGUCCGGUGAUCACAGAUCUUCUUGUACCGAAUGGAAUUGCCUUCGAUCCCAGUGAAAAAACGUUGUAUGUGAGUGAUACUGCACCGAAUUUGCCAGGGCAGGGUACAUUCGCUGUUUAUGCGUAUGAUUUGAACGAAGAUGCAUUACCGAUCAAUCGUCGCGUUUUCUCGAUCAGUUCACUUGGCAUUCCGGACGGAAUCCGAGUCGACAAGGCAGACCGCGUAUGGACGGCCGAAGGUGAUGGAAUUAAUGUACGAAAUCGACAAGGAACAUUACUGGGAGUGAUACUCGGUCUAAAAUUAUGCGAAAGUGGAGUGAUUAGUAAUUUUGCAUUAACGGGAAAUACAGUGAUUAUUCUGGCACAAGAGCGAGUGUGGCGAUUGGAAUUAGCGUCGAGUGUAUUAUGA